GAUAGAUACAAGAAAUCGACUAACGGGGCCGCUUGUUUCUUUUCUUCCCAAGUCUUUGUAUUUCACUUCGCUUGGUCAGCGUCGUCGUGGCGGAAGAACUCCAAAAUCCAAUUCCUUAGUUUCACUGAAUCCGUCAAUUCCGACGAGAAAUAUCUAAUGGCUCUUCCUGGCUUAAUGGGUGUGGACGUUCUUUAGUUUAAAGUCUCCGACUUAGGCGGCGGCGACUCAUCGGCGUGGGCGUUGCAACACAUAGUUUAGAAAACCUUAGUGUAAAUGGCUGUUAAAGCUGGUUCCUUUUCAGUAUCUUGUGACGCUUCGUCGCUUUCUUCUCCUCUCAAGCUAAGCGGAAACUCCAAGCUAAGCUCAGGAGCCGAACCAUGUGGUAGCUUGCACUUUGGAACUCGGAAGUACCGAAAUGCUACAGUUAGCUCGAGCACCUUUCUCAGUUACUGGUUGCAAAAUGGCAGAAAUGUCAAGAGGACCCGAAGUAGGCUCUCUGCAACUUCACAAGAGCAGUCAGAGUAUGGUGAGGUUAAACCUGAAGUGACCGAUCAAGAACACUCUCUUUCUAAUCCAGAAUCCAAAUCCAUCCCCAGCACUUCAUUCAGUGAUGUUCAGGGAACUGGUGGAAAACCGGGUCUUGUUUCAUUUAAUGGACAUCAAUAUAAACCAAAAGCUGCGGUUUCUGCCUCUAGCUCUACACAAAACAAUCAGAGCAGCCUAUUGUGGUUCCUUGGUCCAGCUGUCCUUGUGGCUUCGUUCAUUUUCCCUUCUAUCUAUUUGCGCAGAGUACUCUCCAUAAUAUUCGAGGACUCUUUGCUCACAGAUUUCCUCAUACUGUUUUUCACAGAAGCGAUCUUCUACUGCGGUGUCGCUGUUUUCCUUCUGCUGAUUGACCGUUUGAGAAGGCCUGAUGAUGAAUCAGAAUCCCAUCCAAGCAAUCAAAUCACAGUCUCUCCUCCUCAGUUGGCCCACAGAAUAUCCUCUGUUGCUACGUUGGUUCUGAGUCUUAUAGUUCCUAUGGUGACCAUGGGUUUGGUCUGGCCAUGGACUGGUCCUGCUGCUUCUGCCACUCUCGCACCAUAUUUAGUUGGCAUUGUUGUCCAGUUUGCAUUCGAACAGUAUGCUAGAUCUAGAAAGUCACCUUCCUGGCCAGUGAUUCCUAUAAUUUUUCAGCUUUAUCGACUGCAUCAACUGAAUAGGGCUGCCCAACUGGUGACUGCUCUCUCAUACACAGUGAAAGCGGCCGAGAUGACCACACAUAACUUGGAGAUAAGCAGCUCCCUUGGGACACUUUUGAAUGUUCUGCAAUUCCUUGGAGUCAUCUGCAUUUGGUCUCUGUCAAGCUUCCUCAUGAGGUUUUUCCCAUCGGACGUGCGAAAGGUGGCACCCUGAUGGCAGAACAACGUCAGCUGGCAACCUGCGUUCUUCAUUUGGUCUUAUGAUUCCACUGAUUGAAUGCAGUUGCCCCAUCUAACUCUCCUAUGUUAUGGUAUUAACGUUGACAAUUUUGAUAACCCAGCUGGAAGUAAAGCUUUAAACUUUUUAGUAAAAGAAGACACCAGGAUGAGUUCAUGCUGAUGCAGACAUGCUCUUUUUGCUGUAUUGGGCUACUGCUUCCUGUUUCUGAUCUUUUGUUAGGAUGACACAUACACCACGACAGGUUUGUAAACCAAACAAUUAUUCGUUCGUUCUUCAUCUUCCUGACAAGUUCGUGAAUUCUUUUUUCUGAGAAGCCAUCUAUAGCUAGAGAUGUUUGGAAUAGAAAUAAGAGUGACUUUCUGGUUGAAGGCAUUACAGAAGUCAACAGCUAUUGGUAGCAUGUAUGGACCAUUUCCCUCAUCUUCAACCCUGUACUUUGGCCACAGCUGCUACCAUGCUUGAGAAUGUUCAUCUGCUCACAUCUAUUUUCUCUUCACCUUGGGGGUUGGAAUUUAGUUGUUAUGUAGAAAGGUGGGGAUAUGAUGAUGUUGUAGCUGGAUUGUUAUCGACUCAUUUGUUGAUGAUGCA